CGACUGCUAACGUCAUCAAAAGCCGCCGUCCGUGUGCUGCUUGAGCGACUUCAGGCACAGGCAGGUCUCAAAUGGUAUUUUGUGGAUAAUAAAGGACUUUAAAAUGCCUAUGAAAGGAAGGUUUCCGAUCAGGAGGACACUGGAAUACCUCCAGAAAGGAGACAUCAUCUUUAAAAACAGAGUGAAGAUCAUGACGGUGAAUUACAACACACACGGAGAGCUCAGCGACGGAGCAAGAAAGUUCGUGUUCUUCAAUAUUCCUCAAAUUCAGUACAAAAACCCGUGGGUCCAAAUAAUGAUGUUCAAAAACAUGACACCAUCACCAUUCUUGAAGUUCUACCUGGAUGAUGGGGAGCAAGUACUGGUUGAUGUGGAGGGAAAAGACUACAAACAAAUUUCACAACAUGUGAAGAAGAUUUUGGGCAAAUCACAAGAAGUGUUACAGGCAGAAGCUCAAGCCAAGAUGCAGGCCUCCAAUCCUGCCAACUUUGGGCCAAAGAAGUACUGUCUGAGGGAGUGUAUCUGUGAAGUGGAGGGACAGAUGCCCUGUCCUGGCACCACGCCACUGCCCAAAGAGAUGACGGGCAAAUAUCGUACCCAGAUGGCAGCGUCACAGGAGUGAGAGGCUGAGAAGGAAAGCGGACUGUUGUAGAUUCACUGGACAAUAAUAUUGCAUUGUGACAUCAUGUUUGGUUUUGUAUGAUUAUAUGAAAGAAGCGGCACUCUACUCCAUCCUAAAGCGGCAGAAACCUACCGACACAUGAUGUUGAUGUUUGGGCAGUCGAUACUACGGCUCCGGUUUGUGUUUGUACAUGAUAUGAGCUGGUUGAAGAACCCAAACAUUUGGAUGUGAUUUACAUCUAACACAGUGUUGACCCUGGGCUGAACACUGCUACUAAUUUAAAUAAAAAAAACAACAACUUUGCAUA